AUGACUGACGCACCUUUCGAGUUCCUGGCCCUCGGCGCCAUCAUCCAGUCAUUCCAAGUCAAGGGCAUCAACAUUGUCCAGGGCUUCCCCACCAAGGAGCUGUACGAGCAGCACAACUCGCCUUUCUUCGGCGAGACCAUCGGCCGCAUCGCCAACCGCGUCAAGAACGCCAAGAUUGACUCCCUCAACGGCGGCAAGUCCUACACCCUGGCCGCCAACAACGGCGUCAACCACCUCCACGGCGGCAACAAGGGCUGGGGCAAGCGGGAGUGGAACGGCCCCAAGCCCGUCGGCGUGCGCUCCAUUCCCGGCGUUGACGGCCUCGAGGGUGGCGAGAGCGUGCAGUUCUCUCUACUCAGCGAGGAUGGCGACGAGGGAUACCCAGGCUCGGUCGAGACCAUUAUCACCUACACUGCAGGUGUGCAGAAGCAGAACGGCAAAGAGGUCAACGUCCUGGGAAUCGACUACGAGACCAAGCUUGUCGGCGGCGCUGACGAGACUGCCAUCAACCUGACAAACCACUCCUACUUCAACCUGACGGGCGGACCGACAAUCGAGGGCACCGAGAUCACGCUUGCGACCGACAAACCCGAUAUUGACGACUGCUUCGUUGUCAACGAAGCGGCCGGCGCAGUCCCCCUGGACACACGCAACAGCCCGCUGACAACGCUCGUGCAGGCGUACCACCCAGAGAGCAAGGUGCAUCUCGAAGUGGCCAGCACGGAGCCCGCGUUCCAGUUCUACACAGGCAAAUACAUUGACGUGCCGGCCGUUGGCGGGCUGCCGGCGCGAGGCAAGCGCAGCGGCUUCUGCGUUGAGCCGAGUCGCUACGUCAAUGCCAUCAACGUUGACGAGUGGAGGUCGCAAUCAGUGCUGAAGAGGGGCGACGUCUACGGCGCACGAAUUGUGUACCGCGGCUGGAGCGAGUAA